AUGACGUCAAACGGAUCAGGAAAAUCGAGGAGGCGCCGCACAGCAUUCACCAGUGAACAAUUAUUAGAAUUGGAAAAGGAAUUCCACAGUAAAAAAUAUUUAUCUUUAACGGAACGAUCUCAUAUAGCUCAUGUCCUCAAACUCAGUGAAGUGCAAGUGAAAAUUUGGUUUCAAAACAGGAGAGCUAAAUGGAAGAGGGUCAAGGCCGGGUUAGCUCAUACCAGAAACAGCCACGACGGCGCCAAUAAGCCUAAAAUAGUCGUACCUAUACCAGUGCACGUGAACAGAAUCGCAAUACGAAGUCAACAUCAGCAAUAUGAAAAGACGAAUCCAUGUCGACCGAUGGUGUGA